AUUAAGAAGUAAAAGCGAAGAUCGUUAUUUGGCUUCCUCCUCUUGGGAUAACUCUUCCAUCUCUGUAGUUAAUUUUUUCAGCAAAUUAAUGUCUCUCCGCCUGCAUGUUUUCAGCUUUGAGCAUUAAGAAGUAAAAGCAAAGAUCGUUAUUUGGCUUCCUCUUCUUGGGAUACUCUUCCAUUCUUAUAGUUAAUUUCCAGCAAAUUUCUCCACCCUCGUGCUUUCAGUUUUGAGCAUUGACAAGAAAAGCUGUCUUAUUCAAUGGAGGUCUUAUUUCCUGUUCGAGGAGGUUCUCUUUUAUUUGCUACAUUUGACUUGCUACUCAAAAAGUUGGGUGGAUAUCUAAGUGGUCAACUACGGAAUACAAAGGUGGAGGUACGUGUGCAAGUGGGGCACUGGAAGAUUUUUUUGCCCAAAAUCAUUGUUGUACUUCAACAUGCAGAAGAUAAUCAAGUCACCAACCUAUUUGUGAAGUCAUGUUUUGAUGAUCUCGGGAACUUAGCUCAUGAUAUGGAGGACUUACUUGACGAGUUUGUGAUUGAUGCCAAGAGGUCUGAAUUGAUUGCAAAAUGUAAAGCCAGCACUAGUAAGGGGCAGAAAGUCAAAUCUAGUUUUAAGAGUUUAUUUAGACAUAAGGCCAAGCCCAAUGGAGGGAUCCAUUCCAUGGUGAAUCAUCUGAAUGUUAGAUUACAACAUAUUGAAGAGAAGAUGCGUACUUUGGGCCUUGUGGAUUUGGCCAUGAAACUUGGAGAAAUUUCUCACAAAGAAGCUGCUUUAAGAGCUCAUGAAUCUACAAUUCUUGAAGAUCAUGUGUGUGGUCGAGAUAGUGAUAAGAAAGCUAUUCUUGAUAGGUUGCUAGAAGAUGGAGGUAGUCUUGAACAAGACUUUGUUAUUCCCAUUGUUGGAAUGGGUGGACUAGGCAAGACAACUCUUGCUCGACUCGUUUAUAAUGAUGAAAAACUGGAAGGCAGGUUUGACUUGAAGGCAUGGGUUUGUGUUUCCGAUGAGUUUGAUGUUGCUCGAAUAACAAGAAACAUUUUGGAACAUGUUACUAAGAUAAAGCCUGAUUUUGAAAAUUUUGUUUUGCUUCAAGAGAAAUUGAAAGUGGAGUUAUCUGGGCAUAAGUUUCUUCUUGUAUUAGAUGAUGUUUGGGAUAUGGAAUAUGGCCAGUGGGAUAUCUUGAAGAGACCUUUCAUGUCAGGAGCUAUUGGAAGUAGAAUAAUUGUCACAACUCAAAAUAAGGAUGUUGGGAAAAUGAUAAAAGGAGAUGAUGGAGUUUACAAUUUAGAAUUGCUACAAGAUGAUGCUUGUUUGUCAUUAUUUACACAACAUGCACUGGGGAAAGAGAACUUUGAUGUCCACCGAAACCUACAAGAUGUUGGUGAGAAGCUUGUUAAGAGGUGCAAAAGAUUGCCACUGGCAUUAAAAACACUCGGUGGCAUCUUGCGGGGCAGACUGUGUCGUGAUGAGUGGGCAAAUAUAUUAAAUAGUGAGAGAUGGAGUUCAUCAAAAGAUCGAAGUGGAAUUUUUCCUACUUUGAGAUUGAGCUAUAAUUGUCUUCCUGUUCACUUGAAGCGAUGCUUUGCUUAUUGUGCUUUGUUCCCUAAAGGCUAUGAAUUUGACAAAGAGAAGUUAGUUUUAUUAUGGAUGGCUGAGGGCUUGUUACAACAACAGUCACAUGAAAAGAAGCAACUGGAAGAAGAGAUUGGUCAUCAAUAUUUUCAAGAGUUGUUAUCGAGGUCACUUUUUCAACAAUCAAGUGGAGUUGAAUCGCAGUUUAUAAUGCAUGACCUCUUAAAUGAUUUAGCUGUAGAUAUUGCUGGAGAAAUAUAUUGCAAUCUUGAACUUAACAUGGGUGAUGAAAAGUUAAGGAAGGCUCGUCAUUGGUUAUUCACUCCACAUUGUCACUUUGAUUUAUUUAACCAAAUCUUGCAUGAUUUCUUGCCAACUUUGAAAUGCUUAAGAGUGUUGUCUCUUUGCGGAUAUAAAAUAAGCAAGCUACCAGAUUGUUUUGAAAAUUUGAAAUAUAUUCGAUACAUUGAUUUGUCUGGUACAAGAAUCAAAUGUAUACCUGAAUCAGUGGGUUCUCUUCUCUUUUUGCAAACAUUGUUAUUAUCUGGUUGUGGAGAGCUUACUAAGUUGCCUACAACGAUUGAGAAUCUAAUUGAUCUCUAUCAUCUUGAUAUCACUGAUACCCCAUCUUUAAAAGGGAUGCCAUUAGGAAUAGGCAAUCUUAAAAAUCUUGUAAGAUUAUCCACAUUUAUUGUGGGAGAGGCAAGUGGGAUGAUGAGAUUGUCCGAUUUGAAGAACUUGUCACAACUUCAAGGAAGAUUGUCUGUUCUAGAUCUACAGAAUGUUUUGGAUGUUCAAGAUGCUAAGGAGGCUAACCUAGACAAGAUCCAUGGUUUAGAAAAGUUAGUCUUGGAGUGGACUACUUCUAAUAAUGAUCAAGAUGAAUUAGUCCUCGAAAUAGAAGUCCUCAAUUGGUUAAAACCUCAUUCAAAUUUGAAAAGUCUCAAAAUUUCUUGCUAUGGUGGCAGGAGUUUCCCAGAUUGGGUUUGUGAUCCAUUAUUAUUUUUGAAUUUAUCAUCCAUGGAGCUCAGCAAUUGCAAGAGAUGCACUUUGUUACCAUCACUUGGCCUAUUACCUGUUCUUAAAAAAUUGAUUAUUAAAGGCAUGGAGGCAAUAAAAGCUAUAGGUUUUGAGUUUUAUGGAGGACAAGAUUGUUUUCCAUCAUUAGAGGAACUAGUGUUUGAAAAUAUGUUGAAUUGGAAGGAAUGGGCUUCUCCAACGGGAAGUGAAGGUGAUUUCCCUUUUCUUCGUAGGCUUGUGAUUGAAAAUUGUCCUAAGUUAGGCCAAUUACCCAACAACCUCUCUUCACUUCAAGAGUUGAUGUUAGAGGUUGUAAUGUGAUGCUUUUGAAGAGUAUGGGUGAUUGCAUCUCACUUGCUAAUUUGAAAAUUGAGAAAAUUUCAAGACUAAUUUACUUGCCUGAGAGUUUUAUAUAGUUCUUGGCAUCACUUAAGACUCUAUAUUGGAGACUGCAAUGAUCUUACUUGUUUGUGGGAGAAAGGAGAAGAAAUAGAACAAAAGCCUUUUACCUUUCAAUUUUAAACAUCUUAGCCUGUGAGAUGUGGAGCUUUGGAGUCAUUAUCCAAUGCAAUGAUAAUGAGGAUGGCUGGAAGCAGCAGCAACAACACUAGUAUGUUGAUGCCGAGAUUGGAAAAGUUGAAAAUUUGGGGUUGUGAUUCUCUCAAGUCUUUUCCAGGAGGCUUAAAUACUUGAGAACAGCAUACCAUAAAGGUUUGGGGUCUCUACUGGAUGCGGAUGGUGAUAGUAAUAGCAAUCUAUAUUUGGAAAUAAGGAAUGUUCCAUGUUUGUAUUCUUUUAAGGGUUGUCAUCGGCCACCCAACUUUUCUCAAGAAAUUUAUGAUUGCUGAUGGUGGAUUGUGUAAUCUCAGCUAGCUAUCCCUUAAUUUUUAAGAUAUAAAACUCAUUUUUUUUCUUUUAUAAAAAUGUGAAUUAAGUUUUCAAUAUAUAUGUAUAAUCUGUUGUGUAAAUAAAAUAGAGAUCAACUG